AAUUUGAAAUUGUUGUCAAAAGUGUUGGCUUUGUUUUUUUAAAAUUUUUUUUAAGAAGCUUGUUGGCUCCUGAACGCCACUGACUGUUAACAUCUCGACAAGGCAAUGGAGUCCAAGCAACAACAGAAUCAGGGCCAAAAGCCCAAUGAUCAGGGCCAAAAGCUUAAUGAUCAGGGGCAGGACCAAAGGACGCAGUCCAUAACAUCCUUCUACAUAUACAAUCCCUAUGAAAAGCGAAUAGUGGAAGCGCCAUUGACAAACUGUGAUGCCUUCAUUUCCCUGCUAAAAUGUGUUAUUGGAACUGGCGUCCUGGCAAUGCCCUUGGCUAUUUGCUGCUCCGGUAUUGUGGUCGGCAUUGUCAUGUGCAUCCUGCUGAUGAUUAUACUGACGUACUCCAUCCAUUUGCUGAUCCAUGGAAUGACCGAGUGCUGCCGGCGAAGGCAAGUGCCGCAGAUCUCCAUGCCGGAGGCUGUCCAAAUUGCGUACGAGGAGGGUCCCACCUGCGUCCAAUGGAUGGGCCGCACAGCCGGUAUUAUGACCACUUGUGUCAUAGUCUUUAGUCAGUUCCUCUUGUGCACCGUUUAUUUGGUUUUUGUGGCGAAGAACUUCAAGGAGAUCGGUGAUCAGUAUGCCGGAUCAUACAAUGAACGGUUGUACGUACUGGGAGUUUGUAUUCUCCUCCUGCCGCUCUUCAUGAUCCGUCGCCUGAAGUACCUGGUGCCCUUGAACUUGAUUUCCAACUUUGUCCUGUAUGGCGGUUUUGCUCUCAUCAUGUACUAUUUGUUUAGCGGCUUGCCUGAUAUCCGGGAUCGGGAUUUGGCCAAGCCUCCAAUCGAAUGGAUCGAGUUCUUUGGUAUUGCCGCCUUCUCCCUCACGGCAGUUGGUUCGAUGCUCGUAGUUGAGGCGCAUAUGAAACAUCCGGAAAGCUAUCUGGGCUUCUUCGGGGUCCUUAACCUGGCUGUCUUUUUCAUCCUGAUAUCCAAUAUGUUUUUUGGGCUCAUGGGGUAUUGGCGAUUUGGCGAGGAAGUCCAUGCCAGCAUAACUCUCAAUAUUCCGAGGGACGAAAUUCUGUCGCAGUGCAUCAAAGUCCUCAUAGCCUUUGGGAUUUUCCUCAGUUAUCCGCUGAACGGCUUCGUGGCGAUCACGGUGAUUUUUAGCGAUUUCGAUAAAAACUCUGAUCCCGAGAAGCGCCACUCGUCGAUGCUGGAGUAUGUGGUGCGGAUCUUCUUUCUGCUACUAACAGGUGUGGUGGCAGUGGGCGUGCCCAAUUUGGCGGCACUCACGGAGCUAGAAGGCGCCUUCUCGCUGAGCAACCUCAACUUCCUGUGUCCGGCCUUGAUCGAUAUAUUCCUGAAUUAUGGCAUAGGUUAUGGCAGGCUGCGGUGGAAGCUAAUGCGGGACGUAAUGCUCAUCCUGAUUGGCCUAGUCUUUGGCGUGGUGGGAUGCACAGCGGCCAUCAUACAACUGGUGAAGGACUUACGGGUUACGUUUAGCAAAGUGUAGGUUCCCACUACUCCCCAAUCUUUUUGUUUUGGUCUGUUGCUAAUUGUUUGCAAUAAAAUCGGAUUUCACAA